CUGUGGGAUAGACUUGAGGUAUGCCUUACUAAUUUUUUUAAUUUCUAAAUUACUAUACUCUUAUUAAAUUGUAAUUAAUGUAUUAAUGUGUAACUUUUUGCAGACCAAGUUUAUCCUCCCACGAGAUAACCCUACAUUCGUAGACUACGGUGAGUACGAGAUGUCAAAGGGUUUACGUGACUGGAGGGCAGACUGCAAGAAGAAGUGGAUACAAAACAUUGAGGAGCUUGGACAGGAGAGGGCCGACAUGUCACCUCCUGAGGGAGUAACUCAAGAGGUGUGGAGUGACUGCAUCGCUUAUUGGAGCACAGACAAACAAAAGGCGAGAGCAGCGAAAAAUAAAGAAAGUCGGGGUAAGAUGAAAUUUUUAGGAGGCUGGGGCUCCAAGCCCAUUGUUUCACAUGUUGUCGAAGGGGCUAACCCCGACACAGGAGAACUGCCAACUGCGGUGGAAACUUUUCAAAAGUUUCACCAUAAAGGCAACGAUUGGCGCAACGAGUUCGCGCAACAAGCUUACGAGCAAAUGGUUGAAAUAGCGGCAACUCAACCAGCGCCCACUGCAGAUGAGCCCGAAGAGCCUGCUGUCGAUCCUACACAGUACCCCCGAGACUUACCUGUUAUGACGCAAGUACUCGGGGAACGAUCUCGGCAUCUUAGAGGCUUUGGUCAUCUCCCCAGACUGAAGGGAGUUGGGGCCAAAAGAGCACCUGCCACGCAUCCUUCAGCCCAACCGACUGUUACAAUGGAACAGUACGAGGCUUUACAGAAAAAAGUGGAGGAAGCGGAGCAGACAACUCAACAUACGAGGCAGCAGUAUGAGACACAACAACUCUACCUCAGACGAUUCCAAGAUCAGUUUGAGUAUCUUUCUCGAGCUGUGCCGGGUUUCAACUUGCCUCCCAUGGAUCUUCCACCAUUGCCCACUCCUGGUGCUGGAUCAUCUGAGCCGCUGCUGUGCGCCGGUAAAAAGUGGCAAAAACAAUUGGCGCCAACAGCCAGAUUGGCGCCAAUAGUUUUGCCGGCGCACUACAUGCGCCGGCAAAACCUAAUCAUAGCAGGUUCAAGGCGGAUAAGGGCAUUUUUUAACACCGGCGCUUAUUUAUUGCCGGCGUUAUUCCUCGCCGGUAAAAGGACGUUUUACCGGCGCAGUUAA